GGGGCGCUGGUGGCAGGCAGGCAGGCAGGGCAGUCCUGGGCGGCAUUCCCAGGCGCAGGAAUCUCCCUGGCACCACUUGGUGACUCAGGGAAGAUGCCUGAGCAGGUUCCUCCUUCCUCCUCUUGAGUAGGAAGAAGAAGAGCCCGCCCUGUGGAGGGAGGGGGCCAUUCAGCGGGGCGGGCACCUGCCCAGCGGCAGACUGCCAGGAUCCGCCAAAGGCCGAGGAGGAGGAGGAGGAAGCAAGGCGGGAAUGUUUUCCUGGCAGGAGGCAAUCGAGGAUGAAGAAGCUGAAGCUCCUCCGCGGCUGAAUCGACUCCAAACCGGAAAAGGAAGUCCUGCAUGUCAUCCUGGAGCAAGGGAGGGAAUGCACUUCCUCUGAGUAAACAAGGAUGGCUUCUCCUCCCACGGCUGCAUCUCCCUCUGAACAGGAAAAUUGGCCUUGCGCAGCCACUGAUUAUUAUAGGAACUGGCUAAUUGCACCCGAGUAGUUAUACAGGGCUCAGCUGUGGGUGCCUCACACCACUUCACACCCAGCUCAGCCGGCAGCAGCAGCAGAGCUGUGAGGAAGCCCAGCCGUGCUUGAGAGGAAGACACCGAGAUGGCCGCCCUGACCCCAACACACAUCAGCUGGCAGGUGCCAGACAACACACAGGCACACCGGACCAGCCGCUUUGCCUGCACGGAGCUGGUGCUUCGCCGUGGGCAGGUCUUCACCGUGACGCUCUACUUCAACAAGACUCCCCAGGCUGGGGAGAGCCUGGCCUUCAUCGUAGAGACAGGGACGGCCCCGUCCGAGGCCCACCACACCCGGGCUGCGUUUGCCGUCUCCAGCGGCCUGGUGGGGGGCAGCUGGAGCGCCGCGCAAGGCUCCUGCCAGAGCAACUACGUGAACUUCUCCCUGGCCAGUCCAGCCACGGCGGCCAUCGGGCGCUACAAGCUGUACCUCCAGGUGACCAGCGGCAGCCAGGUGCAGGCCAGGUUCCUGGGGCAGUUCAUCAUGCUCUUCAACCCCUGGUGCACAGCGGACCUGGUCUACAUGGACAAUGAGGCGGAGAGGCAGGAAUACGUCCUGAAUGAAAACGGCAUCAUCUUUGUGGGCAACGCCCAGUAUAUCGAGGCGCGAGGCUGGUACUUUGGGCAGUGCCAAGAGAACAUCCUGAACCUGGCCCUCCUGCUUCUGGACCUGAGCCUCUACCACCGCCAGGACCCAGCGGGCGACACGUCUCGCAGGAGCGACCCGAGAUACGUGGCCCGAGUGGUCAGCUCCAUGGUCAACGCCAACGACAACGACAACGGGGUGCUGGAGGGCAAAUGGAACGAGUCGUUUGCUCACCACGAAAACCCCUCCCGCUGGGACAGCAGCGUGGCCAUCCUCCGGCAGUGGGUGAACAACCGCUACAGCGCCGUCAAGUAUGGCCAGUGCUGGGUCUUUGCCGGAGUGGCGGGCACAGUCCUGCGAAGCCUGGGCGUACCCACCCGCAUGAUCACCAACUUCAAUUCUGCUCACGACUCGGACAGGACCCUGAGUAUCGACAAGUACUAUGACCCCUCAGGCAAGAGCCUCAAGAUGGGCCAGGACUCCACCUGGGAUUACCAUGUCUGGAAUGAAUGUUGGUUCAUUCGGCGCGAUCUGGGCACAGCCUUCUGUGGCUGGCAGGUGGUAGAUUCCACCCCCCAAGAGAAAAGCCAAGGCCUCUACCAGUGUGGGCCCACCUCAGUCAUGGCCGUCAAGCAAGGAGAUGUCCGGCUGCAGUAUGACACGGCGUUCGUCUUCACUGAGGUGAAUGCCGAUAUCAACCGAUGGGUGGUCUAUCCAAACGGAAACCGGGUCCGAGUUUAUUGUGACACUUCGUCCAUUGGCACAGCCAUCAGCACCAAAGCCGUGGGCAGCAACCAGCGGGUGGACAUCACCAACAAUUACAAGUACCCAGAAGGCUCUGCAGAGGAAAGAAGUGUCUAUAAAAAGGCCUGUGCUGCCAUGUCUGGGGCCAGCCCCACAGCACGGCCUGCAAAUGCCCCCGGAGAAGAUCCCGCCUCCCCCGAGCUGAUUACACGCCCAGGAAUCUUUGGGAAAUUCAAGCUGGUUCAGCCCCCUGUGCUGGGCAAAGACAUCCGCCUGAUCCUCACCCUGGCCAAUCUGUCCACGGCGCCCAAGACAGUCACCGUGAACCUGAGCGUGUCGACUGUCCUCUACACCCGGGCGGCCGUCAAAGAGAUCCUGAAGGAGACGACCACUCUGGCCCUGGGCUCUCAAGAAGAGAAGCACCUUCCGCUGCGGAUCACCUACGGCCACUACGGUGGGUCCCUGACAGAUGACAAGAAGAUCCUGGUGACAGCCUUGUGUGACGUCUUGGAGGGAGUGAAGCUGUUGGUGGAGAAGGCCAUCACCUUGGAGAGUCCCAACAUCUCCAUUGCGGUCCCCCACGAUGUGGCCGUGAAUAAGCCGGCCACCGCAGAGAUCUCCUACAGCAACCCACUCCCGGAGCCUGUGGACGACUGCGUGCUGCUGGUGACCCUCAUGGGCCAGGUGGUCAAGAUCAAUGUGGCAGGGCUGGCGCCUGGGGAGCGAUCCCAGAUCUACUUCGAAUUCACGCCCCGCAGCGCAGGAGCCAUGCAGUUGCACGCGGACUUCUCCUGCAACAAGUUCCAGCACAUCAAGAGCUUCGCGCUCAUGACCGUGGCUGCCGCCGGGGGGGCCCCGUGAUGCCCGCCGAGGGGGGAGGGAGGCUGUCCUGGCCCGGCACUCCCAUUAAAGCCACUUGGCCAAGCAGAAGA